GCACCCCAGCAGGGCGCGGGCCAGGUGGCCGCGCCGGGGCUGGGCUGCGCGGAGGAGGCGGCCUCCCGGGCCAGGGGCGGUGGCAGGGGCGGCCCCGGGAUCACAUGGGCGGAGGCAGGUCCUGGAGCCCCGGGCGGGCUCUCCCCAGAGUCGGGCAGACGGCGGCAGCGGCGGCGGCGGCGGCGGCGGCAGCGGCGGUGUCUCCUCACCCUCCCUCCUUCCCUUCCCUUCCCUCCCGGGCCUGGCCGCCCAGCCCGACGGGUUAGCGGGAGCCAGCACCCGGCCCGCGGGUACUUUGGCCUCGGAGCGUAGAAGAAGCCAGAACUGGGAGAGCCGGGCGGGCCGACAGGCUGGGCACCUCCCCGCGGCCCGGGGCGCGGAGUCCACCGGCCGGCUCAAAGGGUCUCUGUCCCUUCUUCCUCAGAUAUGGCACUGACGGUGGAUGUGGUGGGGCCUGGGCCCUGGGGCUUCCGGAUCACUGGGGGCAGGGAUUUCCACACACCCAUCAUGGUGACCAAGGUAACUGAGAGGGGCAAGGCUGAGGCUGCUGACCUCCGGCCUGGCGACAUUAUCCUGGCCAUCAACGGGGAGAGUGCUGAGGGCAUGCUUCAUGCUGAGGCCCAGAGCAAGAUCCGCCAUAGCCCCUCACCCCUGAGGCUGCAGCUAGACCGGUCCCAGGCUGCUUCCCCCAGGCAGACCAAUGGGGAAAGCUCUGUGGAAGUGCUGGUGACUCGCUUCCAGGGCUCCGUGAGGACGCACGCAGACAGCCAGUCCUCCCUGCGGUCUUCCUGCUCCAGCCCCGUGUCCUCCAGCCCCCAGCUGGGCAGCCCCUUCUCUACCCUGCCCCCCAGCAGCCCGCGUGCCCUCCCUGGAGAGGCCGUGGUCAGCCGCAGUUUCCAGAGCCUGGCACGCUCCCCGGGACCCACUGCUGCUGACCGCUUCUCCUUCGGGGGCCGCCCCGGAAGCCACCAGGCCAGCCUCACCCGCACCGGGGACUCGGCUGUGCUGGUGCUGCCGCCUUCCCCGGGUCCACGUUCCUCCAGCCCCAGGCUCAGUGUGGACUCAGAAGGGGGAAGCCGCCUUCUGGAAGAGGACUCAGAAGUCUACAAGAUGCUGCAGGAGAAUCGUGAGGCACGGGUCGCCCCCCGGCAGUCCAGCUCCUUUCGGCUCUUGCAGGAAGCCCUGGAGGCUGAGGAGAGAGGUGGCACGCCUGCCUUCCUGCCCAGUCAGCUGAGCCCCCAGUCCUCCCUGCCCACCUCCGGGGCCCCGGCCACCCCACCCAAGCUCCACACGUGUGAGAGGUGCAACACCAGCAUUGUGAACCACGCUGUACGCAUCCAGGAGGGGCGCUACCGCCACCCGGGCUGCUACACCUGCGCAGACUGCGGCCUGAACCUGAAGAUGCGCGGGCACUUCUGGGUGGGGGACGAGCUGUACUGUGAGAAGCAUGCCCGCCGGCGCUACUCCGCAGCCCCCACCCUCAGCUCCCAGGCCUGAGCACCUGGCUGUGCUCGUAGCCCUCCCUCGACUCUGUGGACACCUCUGUGCCAGGGCCAUGCCAACAGCAGGUUGGCAUGGAAGGGUAGUGGUGGGUGGUGGUGGGUGGUGGGGCCCCUUCCUCCGCGCUAGGCGCGGCCAGGUCUUGGGACCUGUCCUGGGCUGUGCAUGAGGACGGCCUCACCAUCCCAGGCCUGUGCUAGAUACUCUCACUUCCCCCUGCAGGACAGGCCGUGCACCAAAGUCCUCGUGGGCACCGCAUUGGAUAUCUUUGUGCAACAGGGGUUAAGCAGGUUGGGACACAGAGAGAAAUAUGUAGAAAGAGAGGGGUGGUCAUAGGCUAAAGGUACUCACUCUGUAAAGUUUUCAACAUAUGAGCUCUAUAAAUGUAUAUACAUGGACAAAA